AUGGAGUCUUCACGGGGGAGGCUGGAGGAAGUGGUCUUCGAGACGCCGGACCCGCCGCAGCGAGCGGCUCACACCACUUCGUCGAAGGUGGCCCAGCCCGGCUCGCCCACCAAGGCUCACGGCCAGGAGGGUAUCGACAACUCGACGCUGCCCGUGCAAGCAGCCUUCAGCUCCUUUGCCGACAAAGAGGGCGCCGCUGCGGCCAAAGCCCGUGCCGCGGCAAAGCCGAGGCGGGGAUACGAGGUCGCGCCACCGGGCUUUGAGCCUCCGGAGCAGCGACUGGCACGGCUGCAGGCUGAGGUGGCGGAUCUGCUCCGCCUAGCGCAGGCCUCCGCGGAGAAGGAAGCUGUUGCAGCAGAGCUCCUAGGUGGGGACCCCACGGAGAUGACUGCGGAGCUCAAGGUUCUGGAGAAGCGCCUGGCCGCAUUGAGCGAAGGAUCGGCGCCCUGGCGCGGGGCCGCCGGAAAGAAGGCCACCGGUGGCUACACUAUGCCGGCGUCACUCAUUGGCCAGCUGGACCGGCUAGCUUCAGGGCAGCCAGGGCCGUCCGCCGGUGAGGGGCAGGUGACCUACCAGAUCAACUACACACCCAGCGCCGCGAGCAUUGGCGAUGGCGCGAAACUCGCAGCGAUGGAGAGCAGCAUAUCGGACAUUGAGAAGCAGCUCGGGGUACUGGAGCCCAUUAGCCACUUCCCAGACUUGCAGACCGCCGUCACGCAGCUGCAGAAGCGCCUCGCGCUCCUGGAUGCUCCGAAGCUGGAGGCCAUCACAAAGGGUGUGGACAAGGUGGCGAGGGAAGUGGAGCAAGUCCUGGCCAAGAAGGCGCAGCUUGAGGGGACGGUGGACAGGGACCUUGACCACAAGGUCAGCCAGCUGUACGACUUCUGCCAUAGAUGGAGUGCCACUGCUGCCUCGCUGCCCCAGAUCGUUGCCCGCUUGCAGUCCCUGCAGGCAUGUGCGAGGAUGAGCUUUUGUUUGUGUGUCCGCGGUUGA